UGUGGGUACUUAAGUCGAAUCGGCAAAUGAAGAAUGCAAAGUCAUUUGGUGGGUGAUGGAGCGAGAGCUGGCAGUCGUGUGCGUGCUCAUGGAUAUGCUGGUGACUAAGUUGACCAAGCAGAAGACUGAGCUCUUCAUUGAGAAGCUCCACGGGGCCCUCGAGGAGAAGUUCCAGGGCCACUGGUACCCCGACAACCCCAGCAAAGGACAAGCAUACAGGUGCAUUCGAGUCAAUAUGUCCAAAUGUCAGGAUCCAGAACUUCUUCGGGCCUGCAGGGAGAGUGGUGUGAACUUCAGUGAUCUCGGUUUGCCUCCUGCGCUCACAUUAUGGGUGGACCCUGGCGAAGUCUCCUGCAGGAUUGGAGAAGACAGUGCUUGUUUAACAGUGGCCAGGUUUGCAAACCCCAGCAACAUGAGCAAAGCAGAAGAAGGUUGCGCACAAGUGACCCAGACUGACGAGAGUGUAUGCUCAUGCAGCAACUGGGAGUCUUCAUUGGGAGAUGAGAACAUGGACACAUCUUGGAGCUGUCGUGUUCCGGUAUCAUGUGGCACAUCGUCUGCGUUUAUCCUUCUUCUUUUUUUCUUUUUUUCCUUUCAUCUUCUCUUUGUUAUGCAGAACAUAAAAAACGGCCAUUAGAAGAUAAAAGACAUUUUAGCUUUCAUUGACAGAAAAGCAGUGUGUGAUAAGAUGCACAAGAGAAGAUGGCUUACAGCAAUUACAGGGCAAUUUUCUUCUUUUGAAUAUAUAUAUAUAUAUAUAUAUAUAUAUAUAUAUAUAUAUAUGUAUGCAUAUAUAUAUACGUAUAUACAUGUAUAUAUACAGUGGGGCAAAAAAGUAUUUAGUUAGCCACCGAUUGUGCAAGUUCUCCCACUUAAAAUGAUGACAGAGGUCUGUAAUUUUCAUCAUAGGUACACUUCAACUGUGAGAGACAGAAUGUGAAAAAAAAAUCCAGGAAUUUACAUUGUAGGAAUUUUAAGAUUUAUUUAUAAAUUAUGGUGGAAAAUAAGUAUUUGGUCAACCAUUCAAAGCUUUCACUGAUGGAAGGAAGUUUUGGCUCAAAAUCUCACGAUACAUGGCCCCAUUCAUUCUUUCUUUAACACGAAUAAAUCGUCCUGUCCCCUUAGCAGAAAAACAGCCCCAAAGCAUGAUGUUUCCACCCCCAUGCUUCACAGUAGGUAUGGUGUUCUUGGGAUGCAACUCAGUAUUCUUAUUCCUCCAAACACGACGAGUUGAGUUUAUACCAAAAUGGAUACAUGGAUGAUACAGCAGAGGAUUGGGAGAAGGUCAUGUGGUCAGAUGAAACCAAAAUAGAACUUUUUGGUAUAAACUCAACACGUCGUGUUUGGAGGAAGAAGAAUACUGAGUUGCAUCCAAAGAACACCAUACCUACUGUGAAGCAUGGGGGUGGAAACAUGCUUCGGGGCUGUUUUUCUGCUCAGGGGACAGGACGAUUGAUCCGUCCGCUUUGAAUGGUUGACCAAAUACUUAUUUUCCACCAUAAUAUACAAAUAAAUUCUUUAAAAUUCCUACAAUGUGAAUUACUGGAUUUUUAUUUCCACAUUCUGUCUCUCACAGUUGAAGUGUACCUAUGAUGAAAAUUACAGACCUCUGUCAUCAUUUUAAGUGGGAGAACUUGCACAAUCGGUGGCUGACUAAAUACUUUUUGGCCCCACUGUCUAUGUAUGUAUGUGUGUGUAUAUAUAUAUGUAUAUGUAGUGAAGUGAUCAUUUGUGAUAAUGGAUGUGAAAAGGUUUCACACCGUCGCCAACACUGCUCGUCGUCAGGUUUAUGUCACUGCUUCAUUUUGGGACUAACGUAAUUUUCUUUCGAUGAAAGAUGUAACUACAUAGGCCAAGUAAAUGUUUUAGACUGUUUUGUAUAUAUUGUAUGUUAUCUCAUUAUUCAUUAGUUCAAAUUCUCUAUAGUUUUGAUAUAUAUAUUUUGUAUUGUUGUUGUGAAUAAUAAAUUCUGUAAAUCCCUUU